AUGGUGGACCUGUUCCUAGACCGAGUUCUGAUCGAGAACAACUGGGACCAAGAUGAACUCAACACGGAGCGCGAGAUCAUCGGGAUCCUUGAAAAUCGCAUCCUGUUGCUGUUCUUUGCAUCGGCAGAGUGUGAAAAGUGCCAGGAGUUCCUGCCUGUUCUGAACGACUUCUUUAAGAGACUGAAAGAUCCAGCGUACAUUGAAUACCCCAAACUGUUCGCGCUUGUCUUCAUCAGCUUGGACCAAUCAGAGAAGCAGCAGGAGCGAGUCCUCAAAGAGCUGCACAAAAGGGUUCUGUUUUUAGCCUUUGACGACCCAUAUGUGAAAGAACUGCAGGCCAUGUUCAAGGUAAGGGACGUACCAACAGUUGUGGUCCUUCGUCCAGACGGCUCUGUCCUCUCUCCAAACGCCGUGCAAGACAUCUGUCGUUACGGUUGCGACUGUUUCCGAGACUGGCAGGAAUCAGCGGAGGUCAUCGAGAGGACCUUCAUGCUCAACGAGCAGUUCGAGAACCUAAACAUGCGCACUGCCACUGACCCCGUGAAGAGACUCAAGUACAAGACGGAAGACGACAAGAGGAAAAAGAGAUGGUGGAACUUGUGGGGGAAGGGAAAAGAUGCGUAUGAAGUGGAGGAGGAGAAAGAUGGAGCAUUUGAUAGAAAGAGAAAGGAGGGAGAUAAAGGACCAUGGAGGAAAAGAUGA